AUGGCAACUAACUCUCUGAUUCCCUCUAGCAAGAAAAGCUUGCUUGUGCCUCAGUCAAGAGAAGAAGAAGACUUAAUAACGAGAAGCUCUAAGAAAAUCAAGAAUGGGGAUAAUGCUCAGGGAGGGAAUCUACUCUCAGAGCAUUGGCCUGCACUGGGUGAGAAGAAGACUAGGAGUAGCAGAGGAACUGUUUCAUUUGCAGAUAAGCUGAAGGGUGUUGAACCUAAUGAAGAAGACGGUACAGAGGAGGACUAUGAAGAAAUUUCUGAUGAUUCUUUAUCUGAUAAGGAACAGAAUCAGGAGAAUGAUGAGCCUUUGUGUCGUAUGAUUGAGGAUCCCAAAAGAAAUUUUCCUACUUUUGUUUUCUCGGGAAGAAUGAAGAAGCGGCUGUAUAAAGCAUGGAAGAGGGCUGUGAUUUUAAAGCUCCUUGGUAGAAGCAUUGGGUUCAAGGCGCUGAAGUCAAGGUUGCAAGGUAUGUGGGCAAAAAGAGGGGUGACCAAACUAAUCAACAUUGGAUAUGGAUACUAUGUGGUGAAGUUUUCGAAUAGAGAGGACUACUGGAAUGCUUUAACUGGGGGUCCUUGGAUGAUUUUUGAUCAUUAUCUAACAGUUUGGCCAUGGGAACCAAAGUUUCAGUCUAAUAGAGCAAGCAUUGAUAAAGUUGCAGUGUGGGUAAGGUUGCCGAGAAUUUUCUUGGAAUAUUAUGACAAAGAAGCUUUGACAAUGAUUGGAAACAGGAUAGGGGAAACUAUUAAGAUUGAUAUGAAUACUUCAUGCCAACUUAGAGGGCACUACGCUCAAAUCUGCGUCUUGGUAGAUCUCACUAAGCAACUAAUGUCUGGGUUUUCAGUUGAUGGGGAGAACUACUACUUAGAGUAUGAAGGUUUACACCUUCUUUGCACAAACUGUGGUGUCUAUGGCCACCGGUAA